GCUGGAGCGACGACCGCGUUGGUGCCUGAGACGUCGUCCUUCGUCGCGUAGUCCUUUCCAACGCCCAAUAUGUGAAGCUGUGCGAGCUGCAGUUUACUGGCAAGUUCAAGCGUACAAUUACAAGUUACGCAAGGUCUAGAACCAGUUUAAGUCUUUCUUGGACGGCGGAAACUGCGUGGAUCCGAAGGGCUGGACAAAUGAGAAGCGUCUGUGCGGACUGCAGUUAGACUGGCUUUCGAAGGAUGAUUUGCAAGCAUGAAUGAGAUAGAAAUUUUUUGUUAAAGUUGUCAGAACGCAGAUGUGAUCUCUGAGACUUCUCGAACCUUCCAAGUUUGAGAACCUCAAUUAGCACAAGUUUUUUUGACCUAAUACAAAGUACAGCGCGUUUAACGUAUGCGGGAAAGUGAAGGGCAUAACUUGUAAAAAGAUUAACCAGUCGGGAUACAAUGGAGUAAAUGUGAAUAAAAACUGAUCAUACCAGAAUAAAAUUUUUAAUUAGAAUCAAACAUAAAACGGAAAGGAAAGAAGGAAGAUACAAGAAAACGGGAGGGAAAGUAAGCAAAUAUUUUCUGGAAGAUAGCACAGAUCCUUUGGGGAUAUUAUUAGGAAGGCAAGCGGCGGUACUUCUGAGUAACUCGCUGGCCUAAGGCUGGUAUUUGGAGUUGUCAACAAGAACGUCGACGCUUUGUUACACGGUAACAAUGGCGAUGAAGACAUAAUUUGCAACAAAGGCAUCGCCAAGCUUCAAAAUAGGCGCGAGGAACUGGUCGUUGGUGGUCCUGUGUGUUUUGAAAUUGCGUAAGCUAGCCAAAUAAAAACAAAACCCAUAUUUAACACGGAACACCUGCCCUGGAACUGAGAAGUGGAUAGCACAAAAUGCACACCACCUAAGAAGGAUCAUUUCAUUAGAAUGUAGGUGUGAAUGUACUUCCUCAUUGGUCAGAAAUCCCUUACACGCGUGGUGCUAGAUAACCGAAGCGGAUACGACAGACGUUCAGUAAUAAGAGAGAUAGCUGCUAAAUUACGUCAAUAGGGUACCCGCGCAACACAACUUAAAAAGAAGCGGAGGGAAGAAGACAACAAGAUGGCAGCGCAUACUUUUGUGGCAUUGGACUACGUGGUGCUCGUUUCAUUUCUCGUGCUGUCGGCGGGAAUCGGCGUGUUUUUCGCCUGGCACGACCGCCGAGGAAAUUCCAACCGGCAGUUCCUGACAGCCAACAAGCAGAUGAACUGGCUGCCGGUGUCUCUGUCAAUGAUGGCUAGUUUCCUGUCGGCCGCUUCGGUCCUCGGUCUGCCUUCCGAAGUGUUCGUGCGUGGCUCAACGUUUUGGAUGGGUGUCAUAUCUACCACUCUAUCGAUUCUCAUGGCUGCGUUUAUCUUCAUGCCGAUGUACUACAAGAUGGACAUCACCAGCAUUAACGAGUAUCUGGAGAAGAGAUUCAAUUCACGGGUCAUUAGGAAGAUAGGGUCCAUACUUUUCAUCGUGCACACGCUGCUCUACCUGGGUGUUGCAUUAUAUGGUCCAUCACUUGCCCUCGGGUCUGUGACUGGUUUCCCGGUAUGGUCUUCCAUACUCUUGAAUGGCGCCGUCUGCACAUUCUACACAUCAAUAGGUGGUAUCAAAGCAGUGGUGUGGACUGACGUCGUCCAAGUGGUCCUCAUAUAUGUCGCCUACAUCAUGGUCAUUGCAUCUGGUGUGCACCACUUAGGAGGCUUCAGUGCUAUGUGGCAAAUCGCAAGCGAUGGAGGCCGCUUAAUAUUCACUAACUUUAGCGUAAGCCCAUAUGAGACGUAUACGACGUGGACCAUGGUUUUCGGCUGGACUAUCACCUGGAUGGGCAUGUACUGCGCCAAUCAGACGCAGGCUCAACGCUACUCGAGUAUAGGAUCACUGAAGGGUGCCCGCAAAGCACUGAUGCUAAACAUUCCGGGCAUGGCACUUAACGUAACGAUGGCCGUGUUGUCGGGGCUGACCCUGUAUGCCGUGUACGGGAGCUGUGAUCCCAGACUCACCGGUGACAUCCGCAAGGCAGACCAGCUCGUGCCGUAUAUAGUACAAGACAUGCUCCAUGAGUACCCCGGCCUCAGCGGUUUAUUGGCUGCUGCUGUCUACAGCAGUUCUCUCAGCACGCUCUCAUCCGGAUACAACGCGCUGGCGGCUGUGACGUGGGAAGACUUCCUGCACCCUUGGAUACAAACUUCUGAAGCAUCUGCUUUGCGGAUAACGAAGUUGACGGCUGCUACCUACGGAAUUCUUUCGAUAUCAGUCGCAUUCCUCGUUGGAACUAUGGAAUCAAUCGUGCAGGCUGCCUCAUCCCUGUCAGGUGCCCUGUGUGGUCCAAUGGUUGCCGUCUUCGUCUUGGGCUUUCUUUUUCCCUGCUGCAAGAAAAAGGGUGCCAUUGCUGGGACCGUGGUGGCGAUAAUAAUCUCCGGUUGGAUGGCACUGGGAUCUAUUGUUUACCCACGGAAACCGUAUACUUUGCCCACGACCACUGCGGGAUGUUCGCAUUUCAACGAGACCAUCACAUCUGGAUCAUAUGAACCACCUCCACAUCCGAGUGGGAUCUACCAGUUCUACCACAUUUCUUUCAUGUGGGUCGCCUUCGUUGGAUUCGUCGUCCACGUGGUCGUCUCGCUGGUCGUAAGCGUCGCUUUCGAAUGGAAUGAUUCGGAGUAUGUAGACCCAACGUACGUCUGCCCUCUCGUCCGGAAGUACAUGCGGAAGAACCUGGACCAGCGGAAUGAGAGGGAGGACCAUGUCAAGGAGGCCCUGCCAGUGAAUCCAACGGCAGCGACGGAACUUAAAGCCUUGAUCUCCGAGCAUCACGAACGUGGUUAAUCAGAGUGCAGAGGAGGGUUUAUCAUGGGAAGACACAUUUCAUCUCUAUUAUUGACAAGCAGGGUAGACAGGAUGCUGACUUCUAGUCACAAGGCAUUUAGACCGACAAUAGUCUCCACGACUUGCCUGCACUAUUUGUCUUGCGCUGCGCUGACCAUUCAAGAAAAGUAAAGUGAACUUCCCAGGAUGCAGGAACACAUAUGCAUGUAAAAUAUACCGUCCACGUUGACGUAGCUACAGAAAAAUCUUCGGAAUUUGAUGAGAGACAGAGAGAGAUACACAGUUAAAAAAUGGCAUAGUUUACGGUAUUGAAUUAUGCACAUCAGACAUUUGAUGGUCCUCACACUGACAAGGGGACCCACUAAAAUGGCUAGGUAAAGCAGGGUGCGCAUGAAAUACUAGAAAACUGCAAGUUCUCUAAAAUUAUGAAACAAAAGGGUUUGGAGAAUUCAAGAAGGUGGGAAAAAAGAAGUGAAACGAAACAAUGACGUUGUCCUGGAAACAUGUAGCCAUAGAGUAACUUAGUUAAGGCUACGAAAAAAAAAAACUGAUACAUGAGUAAAACCGCUUUUGUACACUGCAGAAACAUUUUUUCCCGGCACACCUAUGUGUACAAACCAUGUCUUUUGCCGCUGCUGGUUGGGUAGUGAGGGAAACACAAGGAAACAAGUGUACAGGAUAUUCGUUUUCUUCGACUUAAUGGAGGCGUUGUACUCUGAAACAAGAUCUACUUCAAUAUGUUGCCCUAAUACGUUAACCUGGCAUUGCAUGUGAGUUGAAUAAAAUUUACUUAUAUUCAUGG